CACAAGUGUUUCUGUCUCCGAAAGAGAAUCGUUAUGUGGAAGAUAAUAGUGUUGUGCGCGGUCGUGAGCCUGGCGACUGGCCAGAAGGCUCUUUACGACAAUUACAAGGUCUUUAGAAUGAUCCCGACCACAAAGACGCAACUCGACAUUCUGCACGAAAUGGAAAAUGUUUAUGAUGGAUUCUCCUUCUGGGAUUCUCCGACUAUCGUGAACAAACACGUGGAUCUGAUGGUUGCUCCGCACAAGUUGCCUGAAUUCUACGAGAAGAUGACAGAGAUCGGUAUACCCUAUCAGACGCACAUCAACGAUGUCCAGAAGUUGAUUGAUGAAACAGUCCCUAAGACUCAGACUCGGUCAGGAUCGUUUGAUUUCACCAAUUAUCACACUCUCGACGAGAUCUAUAAGAAUCUAGAUGACCUGGCCAAACAGUAUCCCGACAAAGUGCAGACCGUCGUGGCCGGCCAAACGUACGAAGGGCGCGAGAUUAAAGGUGUUAAGGUUUCCUUUAAAGACAACAACCCCGGAAUUUUCAUCGAGGGUGGCAUUCACGCCAGGGAAUGGAUCUCGUCGGCAACCACCAUGUACAUCCUGCAUCAAUUGCUGACCAGUAACAAUACAGACGUCAGAGCUCUAGCUGAGAGUCACGAUUGGUACAUCUUCCCUUUGUUCAAUCCCGAUGGAUAUGUGUACACCCAUACUACGAAUCGACUGUGGAGGAAGACGCGUAAACCGUACGGUUUCUGCAAAGGCAGCGAUCCCAACAGAAACUGGAACUACAAAUGGAACACUGGAGGUUCCAGCAGGAACCCGUGUGCUGAAACUUUUGCCGGAAGUGCACCCUUCUCCUGCAUAGAAACAAAGAGCGCAUCCGAAUACAUCAAGUCGAUUUCCGAUAAAUUUUACCUUUAUAUAGCAUUCCACAGCUAUUCGCAAUUAUUGUUGUUCCCAUAUGGUCACACAAGAGCUCAUCUUGAAAACUACGACGAUUUGUACGCCAUUGCCAAAAAAACGAUUACAGCUCUCAAACAGAGAUACGGAACCUCAUAUGUAACCGGAAAUGUUGCUGAGGCAAUCUACAUAGCUACUGGCAGUAGUAUGGAUUAUGUCAAAGGCACUUUUGGUACACCUAUCGCCUACACUUACGAGUUACGUGAUACAGGUCGUUACGGCUUUUUGUUGCCCCCUGCACAGAUUAUUCCGACUGGAGAAGAGGUUGUAGACUCACUCGUAGCAAUGUCUAAAGAGGCAGCGGCGCGUGGAUAUUACAAAAAAUAGCAACAUAAUUAAUUUAUUGUAAAUACUUU